AAAAAAAGUAUGGUCAAUAAAAUAGUUAAAAAUAGAUAUUUGUUAUAGUAUGAUUAGAUUCCAUAAUAUAGUUUACUUUACUGAGAAUUUGAUUUAAUUAGAAAGAUCGUCAUGUAUGGAAUGAAUUAAAGAAUAAGGAAAUAUGACAAUAACAACAUAUUUAAAUUGAGGUAUAAAACUGAUAUUCAUAUAAGAAGGGAUGCUUUGAUAUACUAAUUUGAAAGUAUUAUGAAUGGUUUUAUUAGAAAAGAAAUAAGAAUUAAGUUGAAAGUAAUACAUUUAAAUAGAAAUAAAGUGUUAAAGUAU